AUGCAGAUCUCCACGCUCGCCACUUUUGCGGUUUUUACCACCGUUGCUUUCGCCAAGCUCCACAGCGCAGCUGUCUGCGUCCAGAGCAGAACGUACGGCAGCACUGGCAACGGAACUCCUUAUGGCAUCACCUACGGCUCCUACAAGGACUACGAGAUCGAUACCACAGCUACCCAGUGUGCUUGCGGCUACUACAAGAACCGCAACACCGGCAACAAGCAGUGGGACAAGUGCCCUGACUGCACUUUCGAUGGUCUCCAGUGCACUUCUGGCGGCUGGCACAUUGGUGGCGACGAGAUGACCUACUACUGCGAGAAGAAGUGUGGCGCCCAGGGAGCUGAGGCUAACUAA